AUGAUACCCUCCAAGAUGAUGAGUUCCAAUCCUGAGGAAGAUCCUUUGGACACAUUUCUCCAGUAUAUUGAGGAUAUGGGGAUGAAGGCAUAUGAUGGCUUGGUUAUUCAGAAUGCAUCAGACAUUGCUCGAGAAAAUGAUCGUUUGAGGAAUGAGACAAAUUUGGCUUACUUAAAGGAGAAGAAUGAAAAACGUCGAAGACAAGAAGAAGCAAUAAAGCGCAUAGGUGGAGAAGUAGGGCGAAGCCACGAAGGAAGUUACGUGGGCAAACACUUCCGCAUGGGAUUCAUGACAAUGCCUGCUCCUCAGGACAGACUUCCCCACCCAUGCCCCAGUGGCUUUUCCGUGAGAUCACAGUCCCUUCACUCAGUCGGGGGCACAGACGAUGACAGCAGCUGUGGCUCCCGGAGACAACCACCACCUAAGCCCAAGCGGGACCCCAGCACCAAGCUGAGCACCUCCUCGGAGACGGUCAACAGCGCGGCAGCCAGUAAGAGUGGGAAGCCCCACGAGAGAUCUGAAGUGUCAACCAAACCAAGACCCCACAGCGACGAAUACUCAAAGAAGAUCCCUCCCCCGAAACCCAAACGGAACCCCAACACUCAGCUCAGCACCUCGUUCGACGAGACCUACAUCAGGAAGCACGGGCCCCGGAGGACGUCGCUCACGCGGGACGCGUCCCUGUCGCAGGUGAGCAGCCCCGCGGGAGAGCCCGAGGAAGAGGAGCCCGUGUACAUCGAGAUGGUGGGGAACAUCCUCAGAGACUUCAGGAAAGAGGACGACGACCAGAGCGAGGCCGUCUACGAGGAGAUGAAAUACCCCAUCUUCGACGACCUGGGCCAGGACGCCAAGUGCGACUUGGACCACCACAGCUGUUCUUCGCAGUGUGCUACUCCCACGGUGCCUGACUUGGACUUGGCCAAGUCCUCAGUGCCAUGCACGCCCAAGGGUUUGCUCUGUGACAUCCCGCCGCCCUUCCCCAACUUGCUGUCGCACAGGCCCCCGCUGCUGGUGUUCCCGCCCGCGCCCGUGCACUGCUCCCCCAACUCCGACGAGUCCCCGCUGACGCCCCUGGAGGUCACCAAGCUCCCAGUGCUGGAAAACGUGUCCUACCUGAAACAGCCGGCCGGGGCGUCGCCGUCCUCCGUGCCGCCGCACGCCUCGGGACCCCCGAAACCGGACAAAGACCCGGGCGCAGCGCUCGGCCCCGCUUCGGCCACCUCUGUGCUCUCCUCGUCCCCCCCGCCCCCGUCCACGCUCUACCGAACCCAGUCUCCCCACGGCUACCCGAAAAGCCACUCCGCCUCGCCCUCGCCGGUCAGCAUGGGCAGGUCCCUGACGCCCCUCAGCCUCAAAAGGCCGCCCCCAUACGACGCCGUGCAUUCGGGCAGCCUCUCCCGGAGCUCCCCCUCAGUGCCUCAUUCGACCCCGAGGCCCCUGUCGCAGGACGGGGCCAAGCUGGUUAGCGCGGCAGUGAGCGCGCACGGGGCGGCCGCCGGCGGCUCCCGCUCGCGGACGCCCACGAGCCCGCUGGAAGAGCUCACGAGCCUCUUUACCUCGGGACGCAGCCUGCUGAAGAAGUCGUCCAGCGGCCGGCGCUCCAAGGAGCCCGCAGAGAAGUCAACAGAGGAGCUGAAAGUCCGAAGCCACAGCACGGAGCCAUUACCAAAGCUGGACAGCAAAGAGAGAGGCCACCAUGGGGCAUCUUCAUCCAGAGAGCCUGUCAAAGCUCAGGAAUGGGAUGGAACACCAGGUGCACCUGUAGUCACCAGUCGGCUGGGAAGAUGCUCCGUGAGCCCCACCUUACUGGCAGGAAACCACAGUUCAGAACCUAAAGUGAGCUGCAAAUUAGGCCGGUCUGCGUCCACAUCAGGUGUGCCUCCUCCAUCAGUAACUCCUCUCAGGCAAGCCAGUGACCUGCACCAGAGCCAGGUGGCAUGCAUGCAGUGGUUUCAUGGAGAUCAUACAAUGCUUGAGAUGAUUGAGAAAAAGCGUUGCUUAUGCAAAGAAAUAAAGGCUAGACAGAAAACGGAAAAGGGCCUUUGCAAACAGGAUAGCAUGCCUAUUCUACCCAGCUGGAAGAAGAAUGCAGGUGCAAAGAAAUACAGCCCUCCGCCCUAUUCUAAGCAACAAACGGUAUUCUGGGACACUGCAAUAUGAGGGUGCACAGGCUGACGGCGCUCCACAGCACUUCAAAUGAAGAGGGAGAUUGGCUUGGUCAUGUGAUAUCA